AUGGCGGGACCCAACAAGAAACAGGCCGACAAGGGUGUGAAAAAGCCCUUUGACAAGAAGGGAGCCAAGGGCGGCAAUAACAAUAACAACAGCAACAACAACAGCAAUAGCAAGAACGGCAACGCCUCAAAGGAGGCCACUAGCGAGGUUAAGAAGGCCUUCGCCUCGGUCACCAAGGGCCCGUCUGCAAACGGCAGUAUUCCCAAGAACAUGCUCGCAAUUGUCAAGAGCAAGCCUGCAAAAGUUAUGUUGACCUUCAAGCCCUCACCACAGUGGUACAGCGCCGAACUGGAGGCUCUCGAGGGCGACGGCAAGGAUCAUCACAUCGUCGAGACAACUCUUGCGCAAAAGACUACACAGGCUACACGACUCUUGGAGGAGGAGAGCACCAAGUAUGACGAUAACCCGAGCUUGUCUUCUUCCGAUAAGAACUUUGUAUCGACGAUCAUGGCCUCGGGUACGCUGAACGAUCGUGUUUCGGCCCUGACUCUCAUGAUCCAAGAGUCACCCCUGCACACGACAAAGAGUCUUGAUAAGCUGAUGGCCAUGGCGGAAAAGAAGAGCAGGACAGAGGCCGUCAAGAGCAUUGAGUCCCUCAAGGAUCUCUUCAUCGGAGGCGUGCUUCCUAAUCGCAAACUCAAGUAUUUCCAGGACCACCCAUUGACGCAUCCCAAGGCAACGAACGAGCAUUUGAUCAUGUGGAUCUUUGAGGACUACCUGAAGAAGACAUUCUGGAA